AUGUCCUCCCGCCUCCUCCAUCCGGACGAGUACGAGCUCGCAUCGCGCUCAUCACUCGACUCUGAAGGAACCUUCAACCUCGACGACGCCGAUUUCGAAUCCCAGACCCCUUCCACUUUUCGAAUCCAUGCGCGCCCGUCACUAUUCACCCGCCUCACUUCCGUUUUCUCUUCAUCCGGCUACCGCCGCCUAAAGACCAACAGCCGACCAAUCUUCGCCAGCACAACACGACCAACCUGCGCGCGCCGCUGCUUCCCUCGCCGCCGAUUCUGCUACAUCCAUGUCGUAUUCGGAAUAAUCCUCGCUCUCGUUAUACUUACCUCUAUCUUCCGACCCUCCUACACCAGACCUCCAACCCAUUACGCAGAUCUCCAACAAUCCGUAAAGGGAACCUCAGAUCCCGGACGAGGCAACCCACGACACGAGAAGGUCUUCAUCGCAGCAAGUCUGUACGAUCGCGACGGAAAUCUCGCACGAGGCCAAUGGGGCGCGCAAUUGCUAGACUUGGUCGACUUGAUCGGACCCGACAAUGUAUUCGUGAGCAUCUACGAGAACGACAGCGGUGAGGAGGGAGAGUCCGCGCUACGAGAACUGGAACAGCGAAUCACAUCGCCCAAGCGUGUCGUCUUCGAAGAACAUCUUGAUUUCAAGAGCAUGCACAGUGUAACGAUACCGGGCGGCGAGCAACGCGUGAAGCGCAUCGAAUACCUCGCGCAGGUACGCAAUAAGGCGCUACAACCACUGGAAGAGAAUCCCGAUACCCACUACGAUAAACUCCUCUAUUUGAAUGAUAUCCUCUUCGACCCCGUGGAUGCGCUGCAAUUACUCUUCUCGACGAACGCCGACGACUCGGGUAAGGCGCAGUAUCGCGCCGCCUGUGCAGUCGACUUCGACAACCCCUUCAAAUUCUACGAUACAUAUGCAACCCGCGACUUGCAGGGCUACAGCAUGGGCCUCCCAUUCUUCCCGUGGUUUUCCAGCUCCGGGCGAGCAGAGAGUCGGCACGAUGUGCUAGCAGGCAAGGAUGCGGUACGCGUAAGGAGCUGCUGGGGCGGGAUGGUAGCGUUCGACGCAAAGUACUUCCAAACCCCAAUGCCAACAAGUACAUCCCCAGUCCGAUUCCGCUCUGGACCGGAUCUAUUCUGGGAGGCGUCGGAAUGUUGUCUAAUCCACGCGGACAUCCAGGACCCACAAAUGGACGUGGACAAGAUUGUCGAUACGGGAAUCUACAUGAAUCCGUACGUGCGGGUUGCGUAUGAUAGCCGGACACUUUCUUGGUUAGGCGUAACGAGGCGAUUCGAGAAGUUAUUUUCCUUCAUCCAUCGGCUCGGAAACUACCUCGUCGGCUUGCCCUGGCACAACCCCCGUCGAACCGAGGGCCCGGGCCAAAGUGUCCAGGAGACGGUUUGGGUUCCUGAUGGCGGAGGAAAUGGAAGCGGAUCUUUCCAGACGGUCGAUCGGAUUGCUGGAAAUGAUGGGUUUUGCGGUCGUCGUGGCUUGCAGGUUAUUGUGGAAGACCGCAAGCCGGGCCAGAAGGGAUUUGAAGAUAUUCCUGUACCAUAUUAA